AUGAAGAAGUAGAGGAAGAGGAAGAGGAAGAGGAAGAGGAGGAGGAAGCGGAAGUAAGUCCUUACGACCCUAUCGACAUAAAUUCUGAUUCUUUGGUACCUCUUAAUGGGCGUCAAUUCUUUGUUGCCGAUAUAUAUAACGAAAAUCCAUCUAUCCCAGAUCUUCACUUUGUCAAAAAUGAUGAACUCGUUGAAAGUGAAGUUCAUGAUGAUUUAUCUGCUGUUAAAAAGUGUAUGACUGAUAUAAAUGAUAAAAUUUUACUUGAUGAUAAUUUAGCAACUGACUUAAUAAAAUCUCACAAGAGAAAUUACAAAGACUUACCAAUAUCAUUUCCAACCCUUCUUGAUAAUUCAAAUGGUGAAGUAAAAGUUAAUGAAUCAAAUAAAGUACGCGUUAGAUUUUUACUUUAUCCUCAACAUUCAGAACAAUUUUUAUUGGCAUCACCAAAGAGUAAUGAAUUAGAUCCUGUUUAUGAGAUAAUGAAAUUAUUCAUGAUUAAUUAUAGUUUAUACUUUUCUCAUUCAGAAGAAAUCAAGCGAAUCGUUACCGAAGAAUAUUGUCAAGGAUUAGAGACUGCUAUAGAGAAUAAUGAUUUCGCCGAAUUUAUGUUUGUUAUUGAUAAGUGGAAUGAAUUAAUGUUGAACUUAUCACCAAACACUGCUGCUGUUGAUAGCAUUAGAGAAUCAAAGGAAGAUAUCAAUCAUGAAGUUCGUCAAUAUCUUUCCAAAGAAGAGAUCAAAGAACCAACACCUGAAAACAUCAAAUUAUCAACUUUUUACUCUGAAUUUAUGCUGGAACAAGUCAGUCCUCAGUAUCAAAUUGUUAAAGAAGAAGGUGAUACUCCAAUUGAAAGAAAAGAAUUCGUACCUAGUCAUCCUGGUGAAGUCGAGGCACCAACCAAUGUUUUAGAUAUUGAAACUGAAUUAAAACCAGAUAAUUAUAAUGCAUUCUUUUACAAGCGUUUACAAGAAAAGACUGAUAUCUCAAGAUAUGCUAUUCAACAAAUUUUAUUAAGAGUAUAUUCAAGAGUUGUUUCCACUGAUUCAAGAAAGCUUAGAAGUUAUAAAGCAUUUACUGCAGAGGUUUACGGUGAGCUUUUACCAUCAUUCACCAGUGAAGUAUUAGAAAAGGUUAAUUUACUUCCAAAUCAAAAAUUUUAUGAUUUAGGUUCAGGAGUUGGUAAUACGACUUUUCAAGCUGCUUUGGAAUAUGGUGCUGCUAUAAGUGGUGGAUGUGAAUUGAUGAAUCAUGCCUCAAAAUUAACCACCUUACAAGAAGGUUUAAUUCAAAAGCAUCUUGCUGUAUUUGGUAUAAAACCUUUAACUUUGGAUUUUGCUUUACUGCAAAGUUUUGUUGAUAAUGAAAGAGUCAGAGACGUUGUAUUAGAUUGCGAUGUUUUAAUCAUUAAUAACUAUUUAUUCGAUGGUCAAUUAAAUUCCGAUGUAGGAAAAUUGUUAUAUGGUAUAAGACCAGGAACUAAAAUAGUUAGUCUUAGGAAUUUCAUAAGUCCUAGAUAUAGAGCAUCUGGAGAUACUGCAUUUGAUUAUUUCAAAGUUGAAAAACAUGAAAUGAGUGAUUUUUUAUCAGUUAGUUGGACUGCUAAUAAAGUUCCAUAUUAUAUUUCAACUGUUCAAGAAAAGAUACUUCCUGAAUACCUUGGUAGAGAUGAAACUCCAGAAGAUAGUAAUCCAUCAACUCCAUUUUCAAGAGCUCCAAGUGAUGAUGGUCUUUCAAGUGGGGAAUUAACUCCAUUGUUAACUACUACUGACUCUGAUAUUGCUAUCAAGGAUUUUCUUGCUGCUACUGAUGAAUUACUGUUAAUCUAAUCAAACCCAAAAAUUAUUCAAAAAAAUAAAAAAAUUGUAUACAGUUAAAAAAGUUACACCUCUCUAUUUCUAUAUUAUUAUU